AAUUACCUAUUGCAGCUAGGAACGUGAAAAAUUCACAGGAUAUAUACAUGGGGAUAUGAAGAAAAAUUUUCAGAAUAAAAACCAGUGUGCCACUGUUUAAAAUCAAUGAAAUAUUAAUGCUGUUAGAGCUAGCUAAAGAAGACGACAACAAUGACAACCCAAGAAGCUAUAUAAUUUACAAAGCGGAACUGGACACAAGAAGAAGAAGGAGAGGAAGGAUGAAGAGAUAUGCGCCGUUGCAAAGUAUUUCCCGCAACUGUGAUCUUGCUAAGAGAGGGAUUGAAGCCUCCAAGCGGGGCGAGUGAGGAGUGGAGGCCGUGAAGAGCAGCUGAGCGAAGGGCCUGGAGGGGAUAGGAAAUUGUCAAGAAAAUGGUUUGAGGAAAAAAGAUGCCGUGAGGAGAGGAUGCACCUGUCUGCCAUGGAUGGCCCGAUCGAGAACUGCGAGGAAAUAGAAGCCGAUGAGGUCCAUCUUCUGGAGAGCAUCGGGAAGGGCUCGUUCGGGGUAGUGUACAAGGCUCUGUGGCGUGGGUUGAUGGUGGCAGUGAAGAAGGUGGAGACAGAGUCAGAGGUUAAUGAAUUCUACAAUGAGGUGCAGCAGCUGGCCAAGGUACAGCAUGAGAACAUUAUUCACCUGUAUGGUGCCUGCACUUCAGGUCUCUACAAGUGCUUGGUCAUUGAGUAUGCAGAUGGGGGCUCCCUCUACCACUUGCUGCACAACUCGCCCAACACGCAGUACAACCUGGCUCACGGCAUCUCGUGGCUGUUCCAGUGUGCCAAGGCUGUCUCGUACCUGCACUCCAUCCAGCCACGACCUCUCCUGCACAGGGACCUCAAACCUCCAAACCUGCUACUGACCAAGGGAGCCAAGGUGCUGAAGGUGUGCGAUUUCGGCACAGCGUGUGAGCUCAGCACCAUCAUGUCUGACAACAGAGGCUCAGCGGCAUGGAUGGCGCCAGAGGUGUUCGAAGGGAAGCUUUACACGGAGAAGUGUGACGUGUACAGCUGGGGCAUCAUUCUGUGGGAGGUGGUGACGAGACGCGUGCCAUUUGAGGACCUGGGACUGGCUGUGCGCAUCAUGUGGGCCGUCCAUCAAAGACAGCGGCCGCCCCUCAUCACAGGAUGCCCCAAGCUGCUGGAGAACCUUAUGAAGCGGUGCUGGGACCACAACCAAGCUCGUCGUCCACGCAUGGAGGAGGUGGUGGAAAAGAUGUGCCUGGUAACACGAUUCCUCAAGGGAGCCGAUGAACCCAUAAGCAAUCCUCCCUCUGACGACUCAAUCACUGGCCAGCGCCCCAAGAAAGACUCUUACCGAUCAGCCUGCAUUGGUGGCUCCAGCGCAGGACACACCAGCCGUGAUGUGAGUGAGCUUUCCUGCAGCACAGGAGACUUAUCACGCCCACCUGCUUCCUCCUCCUCCUGCUGCUCGUCUGCCAACAAUACCCACAACCACCUCCACCCUCAUUCCUUCCCCAACUCUCACCCACACAGCCAACCUAACCCCAGUGCCCACUCCCAUCCUCACCCUGAUCCUUUCUCCAGCCCCUAUCAUCAGCCUCAGUUUAACCCUCUUGCACUCCAUCCACUACAGCAUCCCCACUACCAUCACCAGUAUCACCACCAACAACAACAGUCUCAAAACAACAACAACAGCAACAAUAACAACAACAACAACAACAACAACAAUAACUACAACAACAAUGCAGGUUUUCCAGCAGUUCUUAAUGAGGACUCACUGUGGUUGAGCUCUGGCAGCGAGGGGACCUACCCACCCUGUGAUUCCCCAAGUAGAGGGCCGUCUCCACGCCUCACCCCGGCCAUCAGCCCUAAUGUGUCCAGUACCGUGGUGGUGAGCGCUGGCCAGGGCUCACCGUGGUCCUCACUGGGCAGUCUGGACCCUGAGGACCCUUUUAUGCAGCCUCUCGCCAUCACCAUCCCUGGCCAACCACCACCAACGCGUUCAGACCUGGCUCUUGUCUCCCCAUAUCAGCCUACCAUUGCCCUCACACCCAUCACAGGCAACAUGGCAGGCAUCAGUCCUUUAGGGGUACCCCUGCGGCGCCACCUUUCCCCAGGGGACACCGUAGACCCAGGGGCACAGUUGCGGAGGCGGUCUGCAGAGGUCAGCCCUCAGACACACAGCCGGCCAUGCCCCACUCGGAAGGGAGAAGGAAGAAGAUAAUGAG